GGAAGUUAUUCAAAAAUGUUUGUAACUUCAGGCUGCUAUUUCUGAGGUUAUGUUUCAACUCAGCUUUUUUGACAACACAGUUUGCGUGUCAAGUUUCAUCAUCUUCAUGGUGUCUUUCUAGCGUUUUUAGAGGAAUUUUGCUGAGUUUUUAGGCCAAAUUGCGUGCGCAAAGAUGAAAUCAGAUACUGGAAAUCAGAUUUUACCACUUCUGCAAGUAGCGGAGAUGAUUUACGACAUUAUAACGAGGAAGAUCGAGAGUUCCUAUGAGAUCACGACGAGGAGCGUGAAUGUGUUCAAGAACAUAAUCGCUGCCAGCGAGUGGAAGACAGCCGAUGAGCUGAUGAAGAUCGUGCGGGAUCAGGGCAGAAUCCUGAUGGAGGCGCUGCCACAGGAGAACGUCUCGGCUAACAUGUGUCGGCGCGUGCUGAAGCUCAUCCGCGAGGAGUUCGACUCGGCGCAGCUGGUGAGGAAUGACGAGUCUCAGGCCUCUCUGUCGCUGCACAAGCUCGUGACGCAGACCAGUGAAAGUGCCUCCGCGAUGGAUUACACGCAGCCGAAGGAGGGCUUGCGGAAUUCCGUGCUGAAUCACUUGCAGGAGAUCGAGACGGAGAUGGAGACGACCAAGGAGAACUUGGCCGAACAGGCGGCUGAGCACAUUCACUCCUCCGAGCUGAUUCUCACGCUCGGCCACUCGCGGAGUGUCGAGAGUUUCCUGAAGAGAGCGGCCAAGCGGCGUGUUUUCGAGGUUGUCGUGGCCGAAUGUGCUCCGUCUUGUCGGGGUCACACUUUGGCCGCGAGCCUGGCGAAGGCGAAGAUCGAGACAACCGUGAUCCCAGACUCUGCAAUCUUUGCCAUGAUGUCGCGCGUGAACAAGGUGAUCAUCGGCACGCACAGCGUUCUGGCCAACGGCGGCCUGAGAGCGGCUUGCGGCUCCUACACCGUCGCCCUGGCGGCCAAGCAGUUCUCCGUGCCGGUCAUCGUGCUCGUGCCGAUGUACAAGUUCUCGCCCGUGCAUCUGUGCAGCUACGAGAUGGACGCCUUCAACAUGGUCGGCACGACGGAAGGCGUGAUUCCUUACAAGAUGCGCGAUGCGCGCACCGUGCGAUGCUACAAUCCCGUCUUCGACUACGUGCCCCCGGAAUUUGUCACUCUCUUCAUCUCGAAUCUCGGAGGAAAUGCACCGUCGUACGUUUACAGACUUCUGAGUGAGCUCUACCAUCCGGAAGAUUACACGCUGUAGAUCUUUCACAAUAAACACACCCGCCACAGAUUUAUUACAUGAC